AUGAAGGAGGAGAGAUUCACUCUCGUGUGCCCGAUCUGCUCUAUGGUGAGAGAGAGAGAGACGAGAGGAGACUGCCAAGGUGAUCCAUCUAAUGACCGGUUGGCGCUGCAUGACGUUACGUUGUUUCUAGCUCUACCCGGGAGUCUGAACACGUCGAGCUGCUGCAAGAAACCCAUUUGCUCCGAGUGCUAUCUACAGAUUCGGCCGCCACGCAAAACGAUUAACCGUCCAUUUUGCAACCAUGAACGGUUCACUGUCCUGUACACGCCACUGACACCGACAGAGCUCACCUCGACCCAUUCCGUGACUAACGGAAUGUUUCCGCGUCGAAGUAGCGCCAUUGGCAUCCCCAAGGCUACAGAAACAGAGUGCACAAUGACGUCAAGUCUGCAGAGUGUGCAGUACGCGUCAGUGGAAGACCGUGAUCAGAUUCGCGAUUCGCUUUGCUUGCAUCUUAGCAUCAGCGACAAGCCUGUGACCAACAGUCCACACCCGAAUCGUGUCGCAGCGCUGAAUGAUGAAGCGUCCCGCGUUGCGACAACUCCCGCAGACGCUGCGCGGCUAGAGGAACUGAUGCUCUUGGAAGCUAUCCGGUGGUCGAUGCAAGAUAUUAGCGUCGAAAAAAACGACGAGGAACGAGGGAAAUGGCAGAAUUUUCGGCUACCUACCAUCGUGAGUGGAGGUGCCGGUGAAGGGCUUGACUGCAACGUCGGCUGUGCUAACGGUGUGGUGCUGAACGCAUCUCAACUCAGCGUUGACGCCCGAGAUGUGCUACACUAUCCCUCCAGCUCAUUUACAUCUCACUUCCGCAAAAAUGCUGGGCCCCCAGUGCAAUCGAUUUACACACCGAGUUGGUAUUGCGGCAGCGAUUGA